GACAUGAGGCCGAGCGGAGACGGGGCUCGAACAUCACACGACCCUGCGAUGGUGCUAACGACCGGACACGAUCUCUUUAUUUGCCUGCUUCUCCCAAAGUCAACACUUGGUCGCGUGGAACUGGUUCCCAACGUCCUCUGUUUCCUCCCAGGACAUUCCUUGGACCUCACUGUAAAGAAAACUAGUUGUAAACAGACAAGAAAGGCAUCUAAUGCAUUUCCUCCCUGCACACCCCAUCACCCUGUGUCUGGCACACGUUACUCAAUUGAGAGCUUGUAAUGGCAGCGCACGACCGUGGCAGGACGUCACAUUUCCCUUGCAAACAAUGUGGCCUGGUCUGUCCCAAUAUGCCCAGUCUGCUUGAACACAUGGACGCACACCUUCAGGAAGAGGAAGAGCGCAAGUUUAAAUGUGACGAAUGUGGCCGUGGAUACAGGCACGCUGGUAGCCUGGCUAAUCACAAGAAGACCCAUGAAGUGGGCUCUUUUCAGUGUAACAUAUGCGGCAAAGAAAACUCCAACUCCUUGUCCCUGAAGAGUCAUCUCCGGAGCCACACUUCACAGAGGAAGUACUCCUGUGUUCAGUGUGGGAAGGGGUUUCGUCUGGCAUCACAGCUGACCACACACGAGAAGGUUCAUUACUCCCGGCGAGCAAAAGAGCAGACGUUCAGGAAGAUAGACGGGGAAUAUCCUGCACAUGAAAGUAGUGAUGCAAUGGAGGAUGAUCAACUCGACGAGCAUUUAGCCGGUGGGGGAAUGUCUACAGAAGACAGCCCGUUUGAGGACAAGGCGGAGGACGUUUAUAACGCACAAGCCGAGUCCUCCGAUGAGGCAUCAGAUCGACCUUUCAAAUGUGAUUUGUGUGACAAAGCGUACAUUCAUCAUCGAAGCCUGAACAACCAUAAAAAGACUCACCAGGUGGGGAUGUUUGAGUGCACGGUGUGUUUCAAGCUGUUCAACAACAUGGCCGCCCUCUACAGCCACCAGAGAACUCACAAGUCCAGAAGCGGGACAGACCCCGGUCCGAUGGGGGGGUCGUUCACCGGCACACCACUAGGCCGGUUUUCCCCUCAGAACCAGGACGCUCAAGUCAAUUUCUGCCAUUUGUGUCAGGUCCUGUUCCCCAGUGAUGAAGAGUUCCAAGAACACAUCCAGAUGCAUAACUCUUCAUCUAUGACAUUUGGCCUUCGAGGGCCCAUGUCAGAGAGCCACAAUAUAUCAUACGACAACAGUAUUGCUUCGCCCGAGUCUAAUUUUUAUGCAUCUCCUAUAAAUAAUAUUCCCUCAGUAUCAUCAGUAGAUAAUCUCGGAGGUUUUGAUCCGCCACAGGAGCAAAUAUUAAGUAACGGUCACGUGUACUCGGACUGCUCCAAUAAUCAAACUCCAUCUUCCAGUAGCACUCAGGGAGAACCUCCAGUCCUAGACGCAAGCCUUCUCGAUCCCGUCCUGGCGCACACGCAAAACAACGACAUGACAACGGAGUUCGAGGAGACUUCCACCACGGAUUCCGCCGAGCGUCCCUUCAAGUGUCAAAUCUGCGGUAAAAGCUACCGCCACUCUGGGAGCCUCAUCAACCACAAAAGGUCACAUCAGGUCGGGAUUUACCAGUGUUCCGUGUGCAGAAAGAGCUAUCCUCACCUGGCUGCCCUCAAGAGUCAUCUGCGUCUCCACAAAGGUCAGUCGCCAUCUUUUAGCCUCAACCCCGAGGGAGACUGGCUCUCCUCGGAGCCUCUGACUCUGGAGAAUCAACAGGGUUGCUUCUCCUCACAGGAGGAGGAAGACGACACCCAGCCCGAGCUCGAUAUUGAUCCGAAGGAUGGACUUGACCACAACAACGGAUCGUUGUACCACGAGCAGUUUAAUCAGGACUUCUCCCAGGACAUGACGGUGCAUCUACCUCACAGUGAACACCUGAUGCAGCGGCACAUGUGUGCAGACUGCGGGGAGACUUUUGCAGACAUUGCAGGGAUUAAGUCUCACAGUUGUCCACUCCUACGACAGCAGCACGACACAACUAGCAGUGAGAGUAACGCAAACUUCCAGGACAGUAAUGGUCACUAUUCCGUUGGAAACCCAGUGAGCAAUGUCGACUUCCAUGGUCUGAAUGGUAGCCAUGCUGAUCAAAGUUACUUCGGACAAAAUUUCCAUCAAAAUAUGAGCAGUCAUCCGCUGAAUGGUGACGCAGAGGAUGAUAACGCUGAAGAGGAAGAUGAAGAGGAGGAGGAGGAUGAUGAUGGAGAUCUUUACGAGUGCUCUAUAUGUGGAAACAGCUACACCAGCAUGAGGGCUCUGAGGAGCCACCUCCGAGGGCACACGCAGUCUCACGGCACUCCCGCCAGCUCGGGGCCUUCAUCCAUGUCCUCCCACGAAGAAGUGAAAGACGAGCUGGGAGAGAUGAUGAUCUGUAGCACAUGUGGGGAAAGUUUUGCCAAUAGGCAGGACUUGAUUACCCAUCAGCUUGUACAUAACAAGGACCAGGUAGACGACGAAAAUCAUUUACAUAUGAACACCAGCGACGUGUCCGGCGGCACCGAGGAACCGCAGAGUAUCAUCUGCGGCAGCUGUGGGAUAUUCUGCACCAGCUACCAUCAUCUUGAGAACCACGGCUGCACUCCACAGAGGGUCGAUGAGUCAGCAAAUUGCAAAGAGGAAAUGAAAGUGAACGACGCUGCCCAGUAUGAGGACACGAGUCACGUUAAAGAGACACGCGCCACAGAGGCUCGUCAGUACAAGUGUGAUCAAUGUGGCCGGUCAUACAGACACGCAGGCUCCCUCCUCAACCACAAGAAGUCCCACAAAACAGGUGUUUUCCGAUGUCUUGUCUGCCAGAAACGCUUCUACAACCUGUUGGCCUUAAAAAACCAUCAGAGAUCCCACUUUGACAUUAAGAGGCACACUUGCAAUGAGUGUGGGAAAGCCUUCAAAAUCCAGAAGCAGCUAUUGAACCACCAGCGGCGGCACAAAGAGAACCAGGCCAAAAUCCAGGAACUCAACAGCCAGAUCCAGGCCCUCAUGCAGAUGAAUGGGACCAGGUCAGACGGAGGAAUGCAGCCCCUGACUUCAAAUUCCAAUCAGGCCUCUACCUCCGCCCGGCGCUCCAGGCGACUGCCGGCAGGGGGAACGGCCCCAACAAAGCGUGAGGCUUCAGUCAAAUCCGAGGAAACGGGCGACCCGCGACCUUUCGCCUGUGAUCAGUGUGGGCGUACGUAUCGCCAUGCAGGAAGUCUGGUCAACCACAGGAACUCCCAUAAAACUGGUGAAUAUUACUGCUCUGUGUGUAACAACAGUUACUCCAAUCAACUAGCAAUGAAAAACCACUUGCGCACCCACUUUGCAUUUAAAAAGCACUCUUGCCAAAACUGUGGAAAGGGCUUUAGAGGCAAGAAGCAGCUAUCAGCUCACGUCUGUGUGGCCCUCAGAAACGAAGGGGCCAGAACCAGGAGGGGCCUGAAACCCAGAGCCAUUAAGUGUAAGGAAUGUAAACAGGCCUUUCCCUCCGUUGACCAAUUGGCAGCCCACACCUGCGAUGGACCUUCAGGCAGCAGUGAUGCCCAAACACAUAUAUUUCCAAGAAAAGAGGAGCGACCGUUCACGUGCAACAUAUGUAAUCGCAGUUACCGCCACGCAGGCUCACUGCUGAACCACAAAAACACCCACAAGACCGGAACCUUCAGCUGCACCGUCUGCUCCAAGCCCUUCACCAACCCCAUGGCGCUGCGCAACCACACGCGCAUCCACACGCAGAAGAAGAAGUACGUGUGUCUCACGUGCGGAAAGGCCUUCCGCCUCGCCAGCAUCCUGCAUAACCACCAGAGGGUCCACAACCGCAUGGCGAGCCACUUCAGCUGCGCGGCGUGUGGGAAGAGUUUCCAGGGCCGGUCUGGUCUGAAGAGGCACCGCUGCCGCAGAGGUCAGGGGAGCUCGAUAAGAGCCGGAGUCCAGCAGUCGGAGAGAGGAGGAGACAAGUGCUUCACGUGUGACCUGUGUGGGCGCUCCUACCGUCACGCCGGCUCCCUCCUCAACCAUAAAAAGACACACUCCGAAAACCUCCACCAUUGUACCUUGUGUCUCCAGACAUUUCCUGAUUCUCUCACUCUGCAGAUUCACUCUCAGAUGAGACGUCAUUGCUGCCCCGAGUGUGGCAAGACCUUCUGCCUGGUCGCACACCUGCAGAACCACAUGGAGGUGCACUCGAAGGAGCGGGCGGUGGUCUGCAACCUCUGCCAGCAGAGCUUUCCCACCACAGACAGUUACCAGCAGCACCACGACAUGCACCACAGGGGUCAGGGCCCCUAUCAACAAGCUGCGGAGGAACCCAUAGCUAACAACUUCUGCUGGGACUCAGGAAUAAAUCCGACCAUGGGCAUUGACGGCAUGCACAAGCCGGUUCCACCACCCCUGUCCCACAUUCCAGGAAGCCUCCCCGAUUCACCGAACGACACGGCUGGCCCGGAGGAGAAGAGCCACGUCUGCGAGCACUGUGGCCGCACUUAUCGCCACGCCGGCUCCCUGCUCAACCACAAGAACAGCCACAAGACGGGCUCCUUCUUCUGCUCCAUCUGCCAGAAGGAGUUCACCAACCUGAUGGCCCUCAAGAACCACCGGCGCAUUCACACGGAGCCCAAGCGCUACCAGUGCCUGGAUUGUGGAAAGGCGUUCCGCGUGUCCACUCAGCUCAUAUGUCACCGGAGGAUCCACACCAAAGAGAAGCCCUUCGCCUGCCUGCUGUGCGAUAAGAGCUUUUCCAGCAAGUCCAACCUGCGGCACCAUCAGAAGAUGCACCAGAACACGCAGGGCUACGACUCUUCUUUUAGCAUGGACACUGACACGUUUAUGGACCUGGACAUGGGGUCUUUCCUCUAAAGUAGUGGUGCAGAGUAAACAAGAGAAGAGGACAACUGAUCCUCUUACAGAUCUCGCAUUUGUCCCUCUUAUCAGUAAUUGUAAAACAGUAUUUUUUUUUUCUUUCUUCAGAAAGUGCACCUUGGUCCGGACAGAGGCUCCUUUUUGAAAAAUGCACAUUUCAUUACUGAUACCCAGUCUUACCUCGGCAACAGACGGCAGCAUCACUGAAAAGUCUCCAGAGAGUCAUCUUUUAAUACGGCCUGAAUGUUUUGCUGUGAAUACACAGGAUCCCAGAAUACAGGGCGGGCGAUCUAUAAAAAACAAAAAACGAUCGCCAAUCAUUCCUCAAUGACCAACCAAAGUGAACAGAAAAGUGCAGCCCAGGUCCGUGUAAGAAUAUUAACACAGAUACCAUGUUUUUUUGUAAGACUACUGGUGAUCUCUCCUCUCUUGCUAUGUACAAAUGUGUUCAGUGCCUCUGUAAGUUCCUUAGAUAACAAAAUAUACAAACUAUAUUUAUCUUUGAAUCCUUUUGUUAGCUUUGCCGUCAAUCUCGGAGGACUGCUCGCUUUUCCUCUGGGAGCUCACAUAGGGCAAGCCUGUUAUUAUAAAGUCAAAUACCUCUGGGUGUGUCCAAAGGUCAGUGGCAAAGUGAUUUACUGAAAUCAUAUUAAUAGUUGUACUGCUAAUAAUAAUCCAGUUGAGUGACCUUGUAUGCUAAAAAUUGAUGUAUUUAUUAAUUUAUUCCUGUUAUUUUAUGUCCAUAUUUUAUUAGAAAAAAAACUUUUUAUGAAUGUUGUACAAAAAAAGAAAAAUCUGUCUUCUGAAACUCCUGUAGCCUGGAAGGAAGUUCAUCAGUGGAUCUCUAACUCCUUAACUCUCAUCGGUUACAACAGGCAGGAAUGAAUUGAGCCACGGACGGUGUGUUAUUGGCAGCACUCAGGGGAAACCUUCAAAAGGAACAGACCUGAUGUGUAAAACCUUGUAGAUAAUCAGUUUGCAGCGAACAGAGCAUUUCCUUUGUACUCGUGCCAUUUCGACAUGUUUAUAUUUGAUCACGUUUAACGGUUGUCAGAGUCACUCCGUGUAGCUGCGGCUGCAACAUGCAGCGAGCGCCGCUAUCCACGUUAGAGUUUUAAAAAGCGUCAGUUAUGUAGAAGAGCCAGUGCCUAAAAUAUAAACAGAUUGUAGCAGUUAAAUGUAGACAAACCACCUCUCACUCAACUUGUUAUACUGUAAAACCCAAUGUUUUUCUGCUUGUCUGCUACUUUUGAUUUUUCUUUAAUUAUUCUGAUGAUUUAUGAAUCUUUUCCGCCACCAAACAUUAAAAAUGUCUGAAGCAUUUAACAGAAAAAAAACACUGAGGGGGGAAGUGGUUCCUUUUUCCCCUCGAUCUCCAUCAUUUUAUUUCUCUGUCACAAAUGCUGUAUAUGAAUCCAAUAGAAUGACUUUGCAUCUGUAAAUUCAAACACACAUGUGGCCGGGAUGCCUAAUUUCUGCUAAGCACAAGUGUCACUGCCAACAUACCAGAGCUUUGUGGAUUUACUGUCUCGAUUUCAUGAAUCACCCAUGUUCUAUAAAAAAAUGUGCAAUUUUUCUUUUUGCCAAGUUGUCUGAGGUGAAUGUUGUUCCUGAAGCGAGUUCCGUUUAAAGAAAACCUGAAUCUCCAUAAGUGAACACAUGGCCUUUUUUUUUAAUAUAUAUACCAAUCUGAAAUUUGAUUUUCAACAUGCCAUUAACAUUGUAUGUCGUGUGUGCGUAUGUUUGUUUAGCACUGGUCAGAAGUAAGAAAUACCUCAGAAGGCCCUGCCUACGUAGUUCUGCUACUUACUGCCUCACGCAGCGUAAUUGUAGAGGAAAUACACUGUAUCCACACAAACUCAGAUAGUUACAUAUUGUAAGACGUGGAAUGAAUGAAGCAUCAGUUUUAAGGUUUUACUUUUGUCGUUUGCAGAAAUCCUACUGUGGUUGUUUCUCCCGUUGUUGAGUUCAAUUUUGCACAUGCGUAUUUGCGACGUUUUUAGUCUGAGGAGGACUGGAGGUCGCUUGGUAGUUCACCUCCGCUCAUUCUGCGGGUCGUAAUAUUUAAGCAAUAUGCUGAAAUUGUUUCAGUGCACAGACUGAGUUCAUCUCAUUUGUCUCCAUUGGAGUCGGUAUUCUGACACAAGCCUUGGAAAAAAAAACACGAUAACUUCCCAUCUGCCGUCUUUGUUACAUAAUUUAAAAUCUCAUCUGUAUUAACUGACAUCGUCAUAUGCCAUGGUAGCCUACAUGUAAAACGACGGACACGCAUUUCAGUUAAAACUGUAAACUGACUUUAUUUUUGUACGAGGUUCACGUUCUAAUUCCCUGUGGCACUUAACACAUUCACUCCUCUGUCAUUGAUCACAAUCACAGCCUGGUAUUUGUGGCGUGUGCGUUAAUCUCAGAGCUCUGUAAAUAUUAGAACAAAACUGUCGGCUGGAUCUGUGUACAUUCAAUGCAAGAUUUUGUUCAGCGGGAGAAAACUACUAGAUUAGUUAUUGUGUAAUAAAAAAAAACAUAUACCACA